CGGAAGUUGAAAGUAGCUGCGCGAAUAGAAGCUAGAAGCAAAACGGUGUCAUGAAGUCAUUUUUAUCGCGUUUAUUACCGCGUUUCUUCUUCAUUUCGUACGCACUACAGCCUACUAACAUAGUUAACACGCAUUCUACGUGGCGUGGACGAUUUGUCGCCACGUCACUUCGAUGCUAGCUUAGCUUGCUAGCUGCUAAACAAAACGAAGCGGAAGUGAUCGACACGUCGCUAAAGUGUUGUGAUUGUGUGAAAAUGUGCAAAGUAGAAAUGCUGAGAGUGUUGGUGAAGCAGCGACUAACUGCUGCUGUGGAAGAAAUAUUUGUAGUGUUAGAAAGAACGAUAGCAGAAUACGAGGAGGAACUUUCUAGAACAAAAGAGGAGAACGAGCGACAACGUCAACUACUGGACGCUCUUUUCAACAAACAUCAACAAACAGGUUUGUUUACUUCUCACUCUAAAAUGUGAACUGACUUUAUAUUUGAUCAUGGCAACUGUUCCUUAAACGCCUUUUUUUCUUUACGUGUUUACACAUGAACAAGAACGCUUUAGACGUCUAUGAUACACCAAUAUUUAGGAGAGAAAAUAUGCAUUCAUUGGGUUUAUUUCAUCGGGAAAAUUAUGUUGGAUGAACACAUCUUACUUUCUACAACACUUUGGUCAGAGCUAAUUGAAUUAGGGGGGAAAACAGCCCAAAAUGUGAAAAAUGCCGAAAAUGAUCAAAAUUCCACAAGUCCCACGAGGAGCCAGAAUGGCCAAAAUGUCAAAAAAAAAUAGACCCAGGAAUGACGCACAGGGAAGCAGGGAAGAAAAGGGGGUAAACGGCCAUAAAUGUGGAAAAAAUGCCGAAAAUGAUGAAAAAUACCUAGCCAAAAUGCCAAAAAUUAUGAAAAGAAUCUAGCCAAAAUGCCCAAAAUGAUAAAAAAUACCUAGCCAAAAUGUCAAAAAUACACCCAAGAAUGACGCACAGGGAAGAGAAGAAGAAAAGGGGGUAAACGGCCAUAAAUGUGACAAAAUGCUGAAAAUAAUGAAAAAUACCUAGCCCAAAUGCCAAAAAUUAUGAAAAAAUACCUAGCCAAAAUGCCCAAAAUAAUAAAUAAAAAAAAAACCUAACCAAAAUGCCCAAUACGAUAAAAAAUACCUAGCCAAAAUGCUCAAAAUGUCAAAAAUACACCCAGGAUUGACGCACAGGGAAGCGGGGAAGAAAAAGGGGAAAACGGCCAUAAAUGUGAAAAAAUGCCGAUUAUUAUCAAAAAUACCUAGCCAAAAUGCUAAAAAUGCCCAUGUGGCUAAGUGUGCGUGUAAAGUGUUGUGAUUGUGUGAAAAUGUGCAAAGUAGAAAUGCUGAGAGUGUUGGUGAAGCAGCGACUAACUGCUGCCGUGGAAGAAAUAUUUGUAGUGUUAGAAAGAACGAUAGCAGAAUACGAGGAGGAACUUUCUAGAACAAAAGAGGAGAACGAGCGACAACGUCAACUACUGGACGCUCUUUUCAACAAACAUCAACAAACAGUCAGUGGAGAACAUCUUCCUCCUGAGCGGCAGGAGUGGAGCUCCUGGACGGAGCUGGAGGAGCCACAGCCCCCCCACUUUAAAGAGGAACAAGAGGAUGACAGCAUCAGUCUGGAUGGAGAGCAUCUCGAAGGACUGGAGGAAUUGCCGGUGAUUCGUGUUGUCGUGAAGAGUGAAGAUGAUGAGGUCAAAGGUGAAAGUGAGGAGAAGAGAGAGGCGGAGAGACCAAGCAGCAGCUCAACUCAACACACGACAACAGAAGGUGAUGGUGGAGGAUCACAAGCAGACUUAGCUCCACUGUCAGAUGGUGACGACACAACGUCACACCCUCCUGACACCGAUGAGGAAGACUCUAAAGCUGCUCAGACACGUCACACUGACAACACACACUUGAAAUGCUCUCAGUGUGACAAAACUUUUGGCGACAAGUCGUCUUUGACAAGACACAUGAGGAUCCACUCAGGGGAAAAACCAUUUACUUGCGCAGUUUGUAGCAAAAGCUUCAAACUGAAGGACACUUUGAUCAGGCACACGAGGAUACACACCGGUGAAAAACCAUUUGGCUGCUCAGUUUGCGGCAAAAGAUUCUCUAUAAGGGGAAAUUUUAUAACGCACACCAGAACGCACACGGGAGAAAAACCAUACGCGUGCUCAUUCUGCAACGCGGGUUUCCGUGCUCGUCCGGCGUUGGUCAAACACUUGAGAACGCACACCGGGGAGAAACCUUUCAUCUGUGCAGUUUGCGGCGAAAGGUUCUCUCAAAAGGAGACAUUAAAUAGACAUUCAAGAACCCACUCUGGGGAGAAACCUUUUACCUGCUUAAUAUGCGGUAAAACCUUCUCCAUAAAAGGACAAUUGAUAGCGCACACAAGAACUCACACAGGAGAGAAACCUUUCACCUGCACGUUCUGCGGCAAAACAUUCUCUCUUAAGGGGAAUUUAAUACGUCACGCAAGGACGCACACGGGGGAGAAGCCCUUUUCCUGCCCAGUCUGCAACAAAAGUUUUACCGAUGGCUCGGGAUUGAUUAUUCACAGGAGGACGCACACGGGGGAAAAACCUUUUCCCUGCUCGGUUUGCGGUCAAAGAUUUGCCGUCAAAGGGCAUUUGAUAACACACACAAGAACACACACCGGGGAAAAGCCGUUUUCAUGCUUGGUGUGCAACACAGAUUUUAGUUCUCAUUCAGGACUGGCCCAACACAUGCACAAACACAGCUGAGAGGACUGAAGGGCGAUUAUCGCCGUCUUGUACGCAUACUACAACCCUUGCAAAUGUGGAUUGUGUGUCCGCUAACAUCAACACGUGUGUAGACACAUGUUGAAGACAACGCCAUCACUCGGAUGGUCAAUGAUUCAUUUUUAGAUAACGACAAUUUCAUUCUAUUCUGCAUGCAGGAAUUUCAUUGGCUUGUGGAAAGUAAAUGUUUGCAGUCUAAGACUUGUAUAAACCUCCAGCAUGUGCUUUGAUACUGCAUUUACUUGUGUUCGUCAUGUGCAACAUGGUCAAAUAUUCCUUCAUCAUUAGGACAUGUCGUCUAUUUCUCACCGUAUCGUCCCACAGCGUACCCUUCCAAGCUAUAAAUACCCGUAUUUUCCGCACCAUAAGGCGCCCUGGGUUAUAAGCCGCGCCUUCAAUGAACGGCAUAUUUCAAAACUUUGUCCACCUAUAAGCCGCCCCGUGUUGUAAGCCGCAUCUAACUGCGCUAAAGGAAUGUCAAAAAAACAGUCAGAUAGGUCAGUCAAACUUUAAUAAUAUA